CAUCAAGCUAUCCAUCAAUAUUAUAUUUGCCUAUUUCUGUUUUUGCUUAGAAGGUGGGGAAGGAGAACCAUGCUUGCUGGUAUCAUCUUGGCUUGAUCUUGUUUCUUCUUCUUUUCUUGAUUUCAUUCGCUCGCCUGUCCCCUAAACUACAUCGCUCGGCUCCCAUGAAUCGCAAUCAGAGCCGCGGUUGCCGUUCUCGCAACCCAAUCUGGCUGUUCUAUCGCCGUCCAUCAGCCUUCAACACUCAUCUCAGGCGACAUACUGAACAUUCCGGGUUUUAAGAUUUAAGCAUUCUGAAAGUUCACUUCUUACCUCUCUUACAACCUUCGCCCAAAAGCAACCUAGGUUUCGGCCGCUCAGCUCACUCUGUCAUUAUUCCUUGUGCCUCAGCUUCGGAGAGCUAAUGGGUAUUGCAGGCCGGUGUCUCUUGGAGAUCUCCAAAGGGAUUGGAGAGCUCUUGGGAGUUGAACAGUGUUUUCCCCCCAGGUUGAAAAUUUAGUCUGAAUUUGAUAUAAUUUUAAGCUGAAGCAAUGAGUGGUGAAAACGACAAGGAUAAAGGUCUUUUUUCGCAUCUACAUGGUUAUCCUUCAGCCCCAUAUCCUCCUCCAUCUGGAUCUUAUCCAGCAGCAGGGUAUCCACCUCCAGGCAGCUACCCCCCGCCUUCCUACCCACCAACAGGAUAUCCUCCGGCCAGCUAUCCACCAUCCGGUGGCUAUCUACCUGCCAGUUAUCCUCCUCCAAGUGGGUAUCCACCUGCUAGUUAUCCUCCUCCAAGUGGGUAUCCACCUGCCGGUUAUCCUUCUCCAAGUGGAUAUCCACCAGCUGGAUAUCAUCCGUCUGGAUAUCCAGCCAGUUAUCCUGCCCCACAUGGCUAUCCAACUGCACCAGCUCCAUAUCCUGCAAUGCAUGGCCAUGGCACGGGAGCAUUGCUCGCUGGGGGUGCUGCGGCUGUGGCUGCUGCAUACGGUGCUCACCGCCUAUCUCAUGGUAUGUUUCAUCAUGGUCAUGGUAUGUUUCAUCAUGGAAAGUUCAAGCACGGCAAAUUUGGCAAACGUUGGAAGGGUGGCAAGUUUAAGCUAGGGAAAUUUGGCAAGCCAUGGAAAAGAUGGAAGUAAUACAGUUGCCAACUUGACAUGUAUUGCUAAACUUAGCAGAGAUGGUCUGAAUUCUGGUGUGAAUGCUUCUGACUGAUGUUAUCUAUCAGCUACACAUGCUUUUCUGUUGAUUCUAUGUAUGUAUGUAUGUAUGUAUGUAUGUUAAAGGCUUGCAAUGAGUUAUUUUGCUCCAUUUAA